UUGCUCUCUAAUUGGUCGACAAGGACCUGAAAGCGGAAGUGGUCUCAGCUGUAACGAUCUGAAGCAAGGACCAAUACAAGAAAACGUUGUUUCUUUAUAAACGUUAAAAAGUACAACUGAAAUAUUACCGAAGGCACUGGGAUGAGUUUAGUGAUUCAUAUUUGGCUUUUCUUCAUCAUUGCUGCGGCUGGAACGGCGAAGAAGAACGACGGCGACGAUGAAUGGGUUCAUCUUCCGGACAAUUGUGAAGUGUGCAAGUUCGUCAGCAUCGAGAUGAAGUCAGCGUUCGAAGAAACUGGGAAGACAAAGGAAGUCAUCGACAGAAACUAUCGAUUCAUCGACACCAAGGGCGCUCCGCCAAUCAAAUACGUCAAGUCUGACCUGCGCUUCAUUGAGGUGGUGGAGAACGUGUGUCAGAGGCUGCUGGAGUACAACCUGCACAAAGAGAGAAGUGGCAGCAACCGCUUUGCCAAAGGGAUGUCAGAGACCUUCUCCACCCUCCAUGGUCUGGUCAAUAAAGGUGUGAACGUGGUCAUGGACAUUCCAUACGAGCUGUGGAAUGAAACAUCCGCGGAGGUGGCUGACCUCAAGAAGAGGUGUGACGUACUGGUGGAGGAGUAUGAGGACGUGAUUGAAGACUGGUACAAAGGCAGCCAGGAAGAAGACCUGACUACUUACCUGUGUGAGAAGCAUGUGCUGAAAGGACAGGACACAGCCUGCUUGCAGGAAGCAUGGACACCCAAGAAGAAGGGAGACCAAGCGGCUAUGUCAGAGGACAUGAAGAAGAAGAAGAGGAAGAACAAGAGCGAAGGAGGAGACAAGGGAGCAGACAGCCAGAAGAAGAAAAAGAAGAAGAAGAAGAGCAAAGCCCCUCUCGAGAGGACAGAGGACGGGGCGUCGUCAGACGAAGACGUCCAGCCUCAGGUGUCUCUCUCUGGGAAGACUGAGUUAUGAGGGAAAACACAAAAGAACUUUAUGCAGAAUCCACAGACUGCCUGCAGGAACAUGUGUGUGUGUGUGUGCGCGCGUGCCUGUCCGGAGAUGGUAUUUUCAGAUGUACAUAGAAUGGUUUGAAAAAGUGUCUGCCCACUUCCUGAUUUCUUCCUUUUUUGCGUGUUUGUUUCAGAUCAUCAAACACAUUUAAAUAUUAGUCCAUAACAACUGAACACAAAAGGCAGUUUUUAAAUGGAACUUUUCAUUAUUAAGGGAGGGAAAAAAGAAACCUACAUGAUCCUGUGUGAAAAAGUGAUUGCCCUCUAAACCUAAUAACUUAUCGGGCCACCCUUAGCAGCAAUUAACUGCAAUUAAGCGUUUGGGAUAACUUGCAGUGAGUCUCUUACAGCGCUGUGGAGGAAUUUUAGCCCACUCAUCUUUGCAGAAUUGUUGUAAUUCAGCCACAUUGGGGGGUUUUCCAGCAUGAAUCGUGUUCUCAAGGUCGUGCCACAGCAUCUCAAUAGGAUUCAGGUCAGGACUUUGACUAGGCCACUCCUUCAUGUAGUUUUUUCUCCCGUAAUAAGUUUCAUUCAAAAACUGCAUUUUGUGUUCACUUGUUUUGUCAUUGACUAAUAUUUCAAUUUGUUUGAUGAUCUAAAACUUGUAAGUACGCCAAACAUGCCAAAAAAAAGAAAUCAGGAAGGGGGCAAACACUUUCACACAACUGUGUGUGUUCGUGUUUCUACUGAUUGUUGUUGCUUCGUUCUAACGGCGUGACAGUCUGCUAUCAAUAAACGUUUUUA